GAAGAGUCAUAAAGAAAGAACUUCCCCCCAGCAACGUGCCGUUGAUCAAAACCAACCAGAGCUUUCCGAGGAAGACAGUCAUGGCGACCUUGCCCUACUCCGACGUCGACUUCAGCUUGAGAGCGAUCGCCGGCCGGGCCGAGGGGUUCGGCCGGUUGGCCGUCGGCGGCCUCCACGGACCUCUCUAUCACGUCACUUCUCUCUCAGACGAUGGUCCCGGAUCGCUACGAGAAGGAUGCCGGAGAAAAGAACCGUUGUGGAUAGUGUUUGAGGUUUCGGGUACCAUAUGUCUUUCAUCUUAUCUGAGUGUGUCAUCUCACAAGACAAUUGAUGGCCGAGGCCAAAGGAUAAAGCUCACUGGCAAGGGCUUGAGACUGAAGGAUUGCGAAAAUAUUAUAAUAUGCAACCUGGAGUUUGAAGGCGGUAGAGGUCAUGAUGUUGAUGGUAUCCAAAUUAAACCAAAUUCGAGGAAUAUAUGGAUAGACCGCUGCAGCCUUCGUGAUUAUGACGAUGGAUUGAUAGAUAUCACUCGCCAAAGCACCGACAUUACAGUUUCUAGGUGUCACUUUUCAGAUCAUGAUAAGACUAUGCUUAUUGGAGCUGACCCAUCUCAUACAAUGGAUAGAUGCAUCCGUGUAACCAUCCACCAUUGCUUCUUUGAUGGCUCACGGCAAAGGCAUCCUCGGGUAAGGUUUGGAAAAGUUCAUCUGUACAACAAUUAUACCAGAAACUGGGGCAUAUACGCUGUUUGUGCGAGUGUAGAAUCCCAGAUUUUCUCGCAAUGCAACAUAUAUGAAGCUGGACAGAAGAAAAAAACUUUUGAGUAUUACACUGAGAAGGCAGCAGAUAAGGAGCAGGCAGUAUCUGGCUUAAUAAGAUCUGAAGGAGACUCAUUCUUGCAUGGUGCACAAGCAUGGGUGCAAGCUGGGUUUGGAGAAUGUGGUGUUUUCCAUCCAAGUGAAUUUUACCCGAGCUGGACCAUAGAAAUGCCUUCUGAUUCUCUGAAAUAUGUUCUCCAGAUAUGCACAGGUUGGCAAUCCAUUCCAAGGCCAGUCGAUCAUAUGGUAGUUGGCUAGUUUUUUGGCCCUUUUUAUAGUUGAGUUGCAAUCAUGGGCAAUUUUCCCAUUGUUUCAUACCCCAAUCUGCUAGUACAGGAGAGAUCAGAUUUCUGGUUGUAGUUAUGAUGAUUCAGUGCUUUAACUUAGCAAGCUCGUUGAAUUAUUUUUCCUUUCCAAUCAUUUCUGCUAUGAGUAUUGCCCAUAUAUUAAA